CGAGAGGUCUCUCCCGUCGCGGGUAGAGGUAGAACGGAACGCCGACCGCCGAGUCGGCACUGAAAAGCGACGAAGCGACGAGCGAGUUCAGUCGCGGCCGCGCGAUCGCGUCGGACGAUAUUUAGGUGCGCGGUGGAACUCGACGACCGGAACGUGAUCUAACCGCCGAGUGGCUCGAAAAACGAGACCGCGUCCUCGCACGCGUCGCCUGCGACCAGCCUCUGGCCCGACAAGAUGCUGGCGAGGCUGCUGGCGGUGCUCUGCACGGCGCUUCCUCUGGCGCUGUCGCAGAGCAACUACGCCUCGCAAGGUAACAGCAUCGAGUACCAGCCCGGGCUUCCACCGAGCACGAUUCUGAACGGCAAGGUAACCAAACUGGACGACGUCUCGUCGAUGAUAUUUCUGAAUCGCACCAAGGCGUACCUGAAUUGCAGCCAGGGUAGCAUGCAGGUCGAGCUGAAGUUCGAGGAACCGUUCUACGGGGUCGCCUACGCCGACUUCGAUCGGAACAGCGCGUGCAUAUUCAAAGGCCGCGGAUCGACCAGCGCCAAGUUGGAGCUGCCUCUAAAAGGAUGCGGGACGAGGCAGGAUCCGCAACGCGUGUUCACCAACAACGUGGUGGUGCGCUUUCAUCCGGGUCUCGAAAUGGACGGCGACGAAGUUAUCACGAUAGUCUGCAGAUAUCCGCCACCCGUGGCGCCCGCCCCGCCGAAACCACCCGAGAGCAUCAUGGCCACCGAGACCGCUUCGCCGCUGCCCGAGCCGCCGCUCAAAGGAUUCCAAAUUCUGCUGAUCAUUUGCGCGAUCCUGUUCCUCUCGUUGCUGCUGAUGGGUCUGGGCUGCUCGUACAUGUGCCUGAAGCGCAGGAACGUUCGGGUGAUCCACCGGCACCCGUUCGGAAGCGGCUCCGGCUCCGAGAUAACGAAGCUCUCCGCGUCCUCUCUCAGCAACAUCACGAUGUUCGAGGGCCUGAAGAUUCCUAGGGCCCACGCGCUCCUGCACGCGCCGCCGUCCACCACCGGAAGCGACGCGAAUCUGAUGAUCGAUCACUCGUUGCCCAGCGAUUAUCCGAGCGAGAGCUCCGAGGUGGACGAGGAGCCCUCGCUGCCGGUCUCGUCGGCAGGCUCCUACGACAACAAGGCGUUCGCGCAUCACGAGAGCCACCAGCUGCAGCGGCAAGAGACGCGGACGAGCAGCUCGCUGUACUCGGAGACGGUGGCGGCCGAGGUCGAGGCGAGCUCGACGACGGCGGUGAACGCGUCCCGGACGGUCGUCGGCCGGCACAUGGUCGCCGUGCCGAUCGAGCCGAAAUUCGACGUGCAGAUGAGGGUGAAGAGAGCCCCGCCGCCGCCGCCGAGCCCGCUGCCGUCGGAAUCGGACGCGGCGAGCGUGACGCUCGAGCGGAACCUCACCACGAUCCUCGAGAAGGAGGAGUCGAGCCUGACCCGGAGCCUCGAGAGCCCUCCGGCCAGAACGACCACGUUCUCCUACGUGCCGGAACUGCACGGGCCGCCGGGCGGCGGCGUCUCGCUCUCGCCGUCGACGAUCUCGCGGCAGCAGACGCCGCCGGUCUACUCGCGGAUCCUGCGGAAGCAGGCCGAGCGGGAGACCGCGACCAGCCUGAGCGCGAGCCCGAUGGACGAGCGGCGGGUCCCGUCGCCGCAGUCGGCGAUCGAGCAGCCGCCGCUCCAGCACCACGAGAUCCGGCGACCCCGCUCCCUCGGCUCCCUGAACACCGAGCCGACGGAGAGCCGCUCGCUGACCGAGGUGACCGACCACACGCACGCCAAGUACAGGGUCGCCAGCAUCCUGGCGCCGACGCCGCCUCCGCCGCCGCCGAUCGCGCCGGUCGCCGCGGUCGCGACCCACGCCGCGAUCCAGCACCGGGAGCAGCACCGGCUCUACCGCGAGGAGCUCGCCGAGCCGCUGCUCGAGCCGCAGGUGGUCGCCCCGAGGCGGCCCGAGAUCACCACGCACGAGGUGGACGACGUGUUCCUGAAGACCGUCACCGAGAAGAAGACGAUCGAGGACGUGGAGCGGCAUCGCCGCCAGGUCACCGAGUACAUGUCGAGGCCGCAGUCGCAGCCGCCGCCCGACCCCAAGUGGGACGUCACCAUCAGGAAUUAUCCGACGGAGAAUCAUCUGCCGCCGCCGCCCCCGGAAUGGGAGAACUUCUCGGACGCCAGUUCCACGUCGAACCUGACGAUCGCGAACGAGUCGAACGCCGCGAUCGCGAUCGCGAUCGCCGGCGCGUCGGGCCCGCGGCCGCUCGACGAGGAGCCCGACGUCAGCAUCGAGCCGACGUACACGGCCAGGGCCGAGAUCCCGUGCAGGCCGACGGCGCUGGCGGCGCGCCGCUCCGUCGACGAGACCGACGCGGAGGCGGACGCGGACGCCGAGACGGACGCCGAUUGGUUCGCCAGGCUGUCCCGGGUCCUCGAGCCCGGAUACGCCGCCGAGUUCACCGAGGGCGAGCGCGUCCGAUGGCGCGAGAUCAUCACCACGGACAGCACCCUGAGGACCCUGCUCACCGAGGCGGUGGUCAAGGAGGACUACGAGCUGAUCCGCAAGGACGCGAGAUACGCGAACCUGUUCGCGCCGGCCAAGUGGGACGUGAUCAUCCGGAUCCUGGGCCCGCCGUCGAACCAUGCCGGCUCCGGCUGUUCCUCGCACCUCGGCAAGAACCAUCGGUACAAGCGGUCCAAGUCGUCCGAGUGGGACACCAGGUCCCGGCGAUCCUCCCUGCCGACGUUGUACGAGUACGAGAGCGACGGAGGCAGCUCCGCCCGCACCCAGGGCCACAGGAUCCAGGUGUCGCAGGCCGGCUCCGGCUCCUGCUCCGGCAUGGGCCAGCCGAGUCGGCCGCGCCGGCUCGGCUCCAGCCACCGCGGGGCCGCGGCCGGCAGCGAGGCCGACGUCCGGUCCAUGUCCGAGAUGACCGUCAGGGACUUCGUCAGGGUCGACAGGGACGACCUGACCAGCCUGAGCUCGUUCGAGGGCGCGGACUCGCUGGUCAGGUCGCUCAGCCAGCCCAGCCUGGCCAGGAGCGGCUCCGAGUUCACCGAGCACUGGGGCAUCCCCUCGGGGAUGAUGGACCUGCCGGCCUGGGCCGCCGAGGACCCGGACGACCCCGAGGACCCCGAGGAAGGCGCCAGCUCGGUCGAGACCACGCCGAGGCUCCUCCGGAGGACCGAUCGGCUCCGUGUUCUCGCCUCCGUGGACCACGACCGCGGGCAGACUCUGCUGCCGCACUCGCUCCCCGUGCCCGUGCAGAUGCCGAUGCGGAUGCAGAUGCGGAUGCAGAUGCCGGCCGCCGCGAGAUCCAGCCGGUACAUGGAGAGGGAGCUGAGCAGCGUUCGCGUCACCGAGAGCCAGAGGACCUCCAACUGGUUCCACGACGACUCCGAGCCGGAGAUGCAGAUCUGACUCCGAUCACGAGCCUCUCCGAUCUCGGAGAUCCUCCCGAUUCCGUCCUUGCCUUCAUUUUCUAUCGAACGAGGCGACGCUGCGUUCACUGCCUAUUCUAUCGCCAGGUCCUAAGACCGUCGUUCGCGAACUCGCGUUCGCGAUACGAAUAUCCGUUCGACUCGGCGCGACUGUCCGAACGAUCGACGAGACGUCGGGUGUACUUCGCGAGGUCGAUCGGAUCCAUCGUUUCGCGAGGUUGUCGCCUAUCGGGACGUAUUUUUAAGGUAGAGACGGAGCGCGAGCAAACUCGCAAGAAGAAAGGCGAGUUCGAUCCGACGGAGAACGCGAGAAGAUUUGCGAAACGAUGGAUUCGAUCUGCGAAGGAUGAAUUCGUGCGAUUCAAUUAUUACGAAUUUGGUCGGCGAAAGCGCGAAUUCGGUUAUCGAAACGACGAGCGAUCCGACCGGUGUCGACGAUCCGACAGUUAACGUCGACGAACGACGCCAUUGUCUCCACUUGCCACUCGAAGUAGAAAAAAAAAAGAGAGAAAAUAAAAAUAAAAAUAAAGAAGAAAAAGAAAAAGAAAAAAGAAAAGGAUCGAGCGGAGCCCGAGAGAUCUCGACGUCGAGCACGGGACGCGUCGAGUGGGACUGUAGAUUCUGGCGACUCGACCGAACCGUCGACUUAACAAAGACAUUAACUCGAGGCAAGCAAGGGUAUAACUUUAACGAUUAACCGCGCAACAAAUUCUGCUUGGCUAACGAUCGAUCGGACGCCGCGUUCCAAAGAUCUCCGCGAUCGUUAGAAAACUAACCACCGAGGAUGCAAUUUUCAGAUGUUUAACGCGUUCGCUACGAAAUCUCGAAGGCUGAAAAUCGCGCGGUUCGCGAACGCGUCCGCGGUUCCGCCGUCUUCGAGGACGAUCCAUUCUCCUUGUACGUAAUAGAAGUUUAAUUCGCGUUUGCACGAGAAACGGAAUUGCGCGCUCUAUCCGUCUCCGUUCGCGUCUCCUUCUCCGUUCUCCGUUCCCGUCUCUCCCUCUCCCUUAUCGUUCCAACCGGCAGACAAUGGGAAUAACGGGGAUCGAGUUAGCGAAAGUGUUAAAUAUUCGGUCGGUGGUACCGCCGCGAUAGUAGUCUGUUUAAGUAGGUAACGAAACAUACGGUGCUGGGUUAUACGCUUCAAACAAUAGCUAGGACUUCCUUCUUCAAGACGUACUUAAUCCUCUCUCUCUCUCUCGCAUCGGCGUUAAACGUAUUCCGCGCGCGCGGUGCGCGUUGCUUCGAACUCGCGAGCAGAUACGGAUAUCGACCGACGCGAGGCGACGAGCAGCGUCCGAGCGGGUCUCGGUCGGCGCCUGUUUUUCUCCGGAUUUUCUGUGGUUUUUUGAUUUCUCUGGUUUUCUCCAGAUUCUCCGCCGUCCGCUUUUCCGGAGCCACAGGUUUUUCCGGCCGGAACCCGCGAAAAACGAGAAUGCAAAUUCUCGAGAAACGUUUUCGGCUCGCGCGCGUUCGACUCGUCGGUUUCCGUCGCCUCGCGCGCGCGGGGGAGUAUCUUAAACCGCGCGUGUUCCCGCAAUUUUUGCAGUUUCAACGCGUUCGGUGCCGCGCUAAUUUUCACCCACUUUUCCGAACGCGAAACGGUUCAAGGCUCGCGUCGGAACUACGACGAUGUUCUCGAGAAACAUUCUCGUCCGCGAAGGCUUCAAUUUGUAGCAUCCGUUUCGCGAAUCGACGUCGUGGCAAUUUUUGGGACCGGAGACGACGCUGCCACCCGACGCGUCGAGCGCCGAUUUUCCUCGAUUUUCCGCGUCGAAUUUCCUUCGCGAACCGUUUCACGAGAAUCUUUGCAAAUUGCUUCGUUGCGACGCGUUUUCUAGCGACGUCGAAGACGACUCGUUAAAAUUUCCUCGAGAACUGCGAAUUCUUUAUCGCUUGGACGUUCGGACCGAAACAUCGAACGUCGCACGUUCGUCGGUUCGUUUCUUUUCGAACUACGAACGCGUCGGAAUCGAGAUCAGACUAGACAACAAAAGGUUCUCUUCGAUUCGUCGAUACGUCCGAUCUCUGCGAGCAAGGAUAACUCGGUAAAUAUAAUAUCGCGUUCGACGUUCCUUCGCGAGGAACGCGCUUCUCUCGUCUUUAUCGACGGGCUCUUUAUCUAUAACACUGCUUUGUUCAGCUUGUAUCGACUUAAAAGUACAUAUAUAUCGACGUAGAAUUACGUCGGAGCGUUCCUUCGUCGAAAUGCGCGCGCGAGGAAGCGCAACGAUUCGCCAUUGUACAGCCGCAAAUAGCCGAUAACCGAAAUGCGAUGCGAACGAAAUGCGCCCGAUUAGAAAAAAAGUGACGAGAGCAAGAGAAAGAGCAACCGGGGGGGGGGGGAGGAAAAACAACGGUACCGGGACGCUGAUUUUGCCGCGACUCGAUUCGGUUCCACAAAUUUCCAAAUCGAACACGUUUCGAGAGCGAAACGUCGUCGUCGUCGCUUUCGGCGAGUUUUCGCCAACCGAUCGAGUUUUCUAUCUACGAUUCAGAAAUAGUCUGCAUCGGUGAGAGUGUAAAAUAGGAACGAAUUGAUAAUAAAACCGUGUAAAUUGUGAAAAA